AUGUUCCAAUGUAAAAAUGAUGUUGAAAUGGAGUUUCCACAGAGGUAAGUAGGUUUUCACACCUAUUUGAGCUUGAAAAUGCUAUAAUAGUUCUUAGUUGUCCAUUUUUUCCUCAUUUUUCGUAAUGUUAUGUGAUCUUGCGGACGGAUCAAGAUUGGCUAUGGAGAAUUUGAGUUUUUUUUGAUGUAAUUUCAGAAAUAGGAGCACAACAGUCCAUCCAGACACUGGAAUCUCCUCCAAGGCCGUCAAAAUCACGAACUCCACCCCAAAGAUGUUUUUUGAACGCAUCGGUAUGUUGUUUAUGUUAUUAUUGCAUUAUUUAUUUAGAUUUUUAGGUAAAUCUUUUCGAAUUUACAGAUGGUGAACCUUCUCCCUGCGCCCAGUACAACAAUCGCCCCAUGAUCGCUGCGUGCGUUACUGAUCCCAAACGGCCCUCUUUAGGGCCACAUUUAUUUGAUGUUGAUGCGGUGAUGUAA